AUGAUAUCGGUGCUUGGAAGGGUGGGAGACCCCUUAGCUGAGACUGGUAUCACACAUCUGAACCUGUCUCGUUGCAGUCGGCUACACUCAUUGGCCCUGGUCAAACAUUUCACAACCCAUGCUGCCGUGCGGGAUUCGUUGAAUUCUGGGGACUAUGCGAUCUUUAAACCUAGGUGGAGCGAGAAUUAUUCCGCACGAUAUGCCCUUCCUGGUACCUCUGGCAAGCACCUGGAAGAACUGGGGCUAAGCUCGGCUGUUCUGUUGGCCCGGGACAUCAACUCAUUUUUCAUCCCCACGGUCGACCCAGCGAGGUCUGGUCUCGAAAAAGGAGUGCCUGCCAGUAUUCUUUACUAUCUUGACCUAGCCACGGUUCCGCAGGUGACCGUGAGGUCAGUGUUCAACGAGGGCUCUUGCCUCCUCCUAUCGAACCAAAGCUGGCCGCUCCAGGUGAUCAAGCUAACUAAUGAAAUCACUCUCUCUCUGUAUCAGGCUAGCAAGUACCGUCGAACUUCUGUGUCCUGGAAUAUAUGGGGAUCCGGCCGUCGUAGCUGGUACGUCCGUGAUUCUUCCUCGGCGCUCAUCCGCUCCGUUGAUGACGCUUCAGGGUCUUGGAAACUCAACUCGAAGCGCGACUCUGGGGCAUGCGAACAAUCCCUAUGGCCACAGGGCAGGUUGGAGGUCUCUACUGUUUUCGCUCGCCCGUGCUUGCUGCUGUAA